AGUACCCCGCGUUGUACUAACCGACACGAAAACAUGGCGGUUAUCUUGUCUUAGAAGAGAAAACAAUGGAAUCUUGUCGUCCAACCUUCUAUUGUUCGUGAUCUUCUUGCGCAUUUGAUAUUUUUUGUUUAACGAAACACACGUGUCUGAAAAGAAAAGCAAAACCAGGCGUAGUUAUGUGAAAGCCCCAAAUAUCUUCAUCCCGGAUCCACCUUUUACGUGACCUUCUUUUCAAACGAAUGCAAUAUCAUGGACACUGGAACUGAUGAUGAUAGCACAUUGUCAGAAAUCCCUGUAUUGGAUCCUCCUCCUGGCUUUGAAGAUGCAAGAAAGAUGUGUGUAAACACAAAGGACCACCUCUAUGAUGACCCUUUUAGUGAAGAAGAGGAUGGUGAACUUAUGCCAGUUUUGAACUUCAAAGCUGUUUCCAAAUUUGCUGCUGAAUUGACACAGUCUAUGCUGGCUGUUGUUGUGAAACCCAAGGUCAGAUUACGGACUAAGAAACUCGUUCCUCCUUUAGAACCAUAUCAUGCACCGUCUGAUUGUGAAGUGUACUCACUCCCUAUUGAUUGUCUAAACAAUGGUGAAAUGCAGAAGGAGAAACAAAAAGACACACAUAGAAACAGGCAUAGUAUUGCUGCUUUGCCAAGAUUAGAGUCUAGUGAACCUGUUCAUAUGACUCUAGAAGAAGUUCAGAGCUAUUUCAGGGAAUUUCAAGACACAUCUCUGUCAAGAAGGCGUCCUUGGAUGGUUGUGCCAUCUAAAUUGGAGGAAGCUCCCUCAUCUGAAAGCAAGCGAAAAAGUUGCUUCGUGUGGACACCGCACGUAGUAUCUAAGAACGCAAGUUUCGAUGAUGCGCGAUCAAAACGAAGUCGAAAGAGCUUGAGUGUGACGGCCGCAGGAAUAAAACAGGCUCUCUUUAGUGUCUUUCGCAUCCCGUCCCAUCAUCAGCUUGCAUAUCAUGGAGAAUCCUGCAACCAGGUGUGUCCUACUGGAUGGACGUUUUGCACACCAGAAAACAAAUCAAGCCUUCAACAGUGCGCCGAGAGUUCACCUCAACAACGCAGGGCUUUACCUCCUGUUCCUCAAGAAGAAGUUGGAUUUGUUCGUGUACCUUCUCGCCCUUCAACAAUCCUUCCAUCUCUAAUUGAAUCCCGAGAAUGUUCGAAGCCUGUGGAUCUAGCUGAACGAAUAUCUACUCUAAACGUACCGAAUAACGUGCCUAACGGUUUCGAUCCUCUUGCGAAUAACUCUUCGGAGUUUAGCAUGGAUAUGACUACCAACCAAACUAACCUAGAUUUUGCCGCCUCAAUCGAAGCUGUUAAAGACCACGGAUGGUAUUGGGGUCCUUUAUCUGGCGAGGCAGCUGAGCAGAUACUAUCCAACGAACCAGAUGGCUCUUUCCUUGUGCGAGAUAGCAGCGACGAUCACUACAUCUUCUCCUUGUCGUUCAAGUUAAAUGGUGGGGUACGGCAUGUUCGUAUCGAACAUGAUCACGGUAAUUUUAGUUUCGGAAGCGUUGCUCGUUUCAAGAGCCAAACCAUGGUGGAAUUUAUUGACAAAGCCAUAGAACACUCGAGAAGCGGCCGUUUUCUAUUCUUUCUUCAUCGAAGACCAACUCACGGACCGACUCGAGUCCAGUUGUUGCAUCCUGUUUCAAGGUUCCGUCAAGUUCAAAGCUUACAGCACCUUUCCAGAUUUGUUAUUUUAAAGCUAAUCAGGCGAGACCAGAUCAGCAUGUUACCGCUUCCAAAACGGUUACGAGAGUAUUUGAAUACUACUCAUUAUUAUUCGGAGCAGCUACUAGGUUCCCCACAACAUUCCCAUGCCCAAUAGAGCACCGACAUUUCUAGUCAUAAAAAAAGUAUUUCUAAUUUAAUUCAGUUUCUUUACGAUUGGACAGAUUCCCUUUGCCAAUUUGCAAUUAUAGAGAACAUAAUAUAACCUAUUAAGAUUUAAA